AUGAUCGACAUUUCGUUAUUCGGCGAGGACGAGAACUUGCAUUCUCCAAGCGGCUCGGAGGACAGUGUGGAGGUCCAGAUCUCCCCAAUAUCCCUGCGGAACAAGCGGAAGCUUGCGGAGCCAAAAAAAGCGUUAAAAUCAGACCCAAAUCGUCCGCUGAAGAAAAGACGGCUCAUCGAGCGGAGUAGUUCCCCGUUCCGACCUUGGAACUCGCCGGAGAAACAGGAGGAGGAUCGCUGGCGGAUCGAGGAGGAGCGGAGGAGGGAGGAGGAGGUCCAGCGGCUGUACGAGGCUCAAAUUCACGCUCAAGUUCUCGCAAGGCUUCAGAUUGCGGCUAAAAGCCAGGAAUUGAACCAAGACUCGAGAUUCCGUACGGCUAACUCACACCAAGACCCAAUUAGCCGCACGGCUACUCCACACCCAGAAGCUGGCCUUCGGGCAGAUUCACAAUCUACAGAAGACUUCCGUGCGGCUAGCUUACAAUCUGCAAUUAGCUUAAAUAAGUAUGGGUUACAUACUGAGGAUAAAAUCCGCACGGCUGGCUUGUCAUCUGAAUCUAGGCUCCGUACGGCUACUCAACAUCCCGAAGCUGGCCUUCGGGAAGCUCCACAAUCUAAAGAAGAUUUCCGUACGGCUAAUUUACAUCAAGAAGCCAUCAGCCGUACGGCUACUCCACAUCUGGACUCUAAAUUUCGUACCGAAGCUAUUUUACAAUCUGAAAUUAAUUUAAAUAAAUCUAACUUACCUUCUGAGGAUAAAAUCCGUACGACUAACUUACAAUCUGAAUCUAGGCUCCGUACGGCUACUCCAUAUCCAGAAAAUAAUCUUCAUACUUCAACUUUUCAGUCAGAAGGUAGAUUCCGUGCGGCUACAUUUGAUCUAGAAGGUAACGUCCGUACGGCUGACCCCCACCAAGACUCCAAUUAUCGACCAGGAGCUCUAAAUUCUGACCCUAGAUUUUUACAAGAGGUAAAAAUCCGUACGGAUACCUUACAAAAAAGAAGUCACUCCCUGAAUUACCGCCUCCAAGACUCCGCCCACCAAAACGAGCCAUUGGCUCUAGUUCUAAGAGAGGGGCGUGUCCCUCCCCACCCAGGGGUCUCUGAUUUGCCGUACGAAGAUAAAAGAGGCGGGAAAAUUCCGAGCAGUCGGAUGUCUUCGACCAGUGGUGCUCAUUCGGAACAGUCGGGUACAAAUCACAGUCAGAGGAACUACAAGAACAUGACCAGGGAGCGGCGGAUCGAGGCCAAUGCUAGGGAGCGGACCAGGGUCCAUACAAUCAGUGCGGCUUUUAAUACUCUCAGGCGGAGCAUCCCCGCCUACUCUCACAAUCAAAAAUUGUCUAAACUAUCGGUAUUGAGGAUCGCUUGUAGUUAUAUUAUGACCUUGAGUAAAAUUGUUAGGGAGGGGGAGGAUAGUGGGGUGGAGGGGGUAAAUGGGGCGGAGCUAGGGGAGUGUGUGGAUCUUGUGUCAAGGACAAUUCAGACUGAGGGGAAGCUCAGGAAGAAAAAGGAUGAGUAG